AUGGACUCCUCCAAAAUUAACAAUGCUAUAGUCGACGCCAUAAACGACUACUUUAGCAAUCUGUACGCCUUCCUCGAAAUGCUCAUCACCCGCUUCUGCAAAAACCUCUACCAUUCCUUCGCCGACAUGACCAUGCACCGCUGGACGAAAGUCGGUCUCUGCGUAGUUGGCUACAUCCUCAUUCGUCCCUACAUCGAGGCCUUCUUCAAGAAAAUGCACGACCGAGACCGCAAGAAGCAGCAGGAGAAGGAGCGGGCCGAGGCUGCAGCCAGGGGGAAGGCUAAGGUCUCUGCAAAUGCACUGCGGGGUGGUGCUGCUGCGGAUGGUGAGGGGAAGGUGCUAGGCGAGGUUGAGAACACGGACGACGAGCUUGAGGGAGAGGAUGCGGAGGAGUUUGCGACGGCGAGUGGGGUGCCAGAGUGGGGAAAGAAUGCUAGGAAAAGGGCGAAGAAGCACCAAAAGAAGCUUGAGAAGGAGGCCGCGCAGGGCAAGGGUACCAGAUUGUCGGAAGAUCAACUUAUGGAGCUUCUGGAUUGGAGUGAGUCCGAAGACGAAAAGAAGGCUUGA